AUGUCCAUGUUCAACCGAGGCAAGAAGGGCAAGGACAAGAAGAAGGACAAAACCGCCGCCCCCGCUACCGCUGAUCCAGCCACCGCCGCUGACCCCCAUGAGGACCGCCUUAAGGCUCUGCUGGGCAAAAAGGAUAAAAAGGCCACUUCAGCAACUGACGGGCCCGAUUCCAAGGCCGCUCAACAGCUCGCUGACUCGGAGCCCGGAGAUCACCGGGCCGUUCUCACUCUCACCGUUCGAAAUGGCAAGUUUCUCGGUGAUGAUGACUCGGUCCAGCCCUACUUCUCUGUCGAGUAUCACGGUCAAGAGGUCCGGGGCUUGACCAAGCAAGGCAUGGACGCCGAGUGGAACCAGACGUUCUCCUUUGACAUGACCGCUGAGCACUGGCCCGUGCGCUUCUGGCUCUACGACGCCAGCGCCGAGGAUGGCUGUGCCCUGAUUGGUGGCG